UCUCAACCUUUGAAUCGUCGCUCGCUUCCUAACCAGAUCUUCCAAAAGCCUCAAACUUUACUGUAUCAUCCUCAUCGCUUCCCAUGGCUGCUUCAGCUGCUUUCUCUGUAUCUUCACCUCCUUUCGUUCCCUCUUCUUGCAAAAUUAGAAGACCCUUUCUCUUACUUACUCCAAAAAGCUUCAAACCCGUUUCAGUUAGAGCUUCUGUCGGAAACCCCUCGAUCUCCAUCGUUGACAAAGUCCAAACUAAGACAAGCAAGUGGCAGUGGAAGUUCAAGGGAAACUCGAUCGGUAUCCAUUACGAAGAGCAUGAGGGAGAGAAGAGUGAAUCAGCUAAGAAUAUACUGAUGAUACCAACGAUAUCUGAUGUUAGUACCGUGGAGGAGUGGAGAUCUGUGGCUAGAAAUAUUGUGGAGCGUGAUGGGGAUGUUAAUUGGCGUGCCACUAUUGUGGAUUGGCCUGGUCUUGGUUACUCUGAUAAGCUUAAGAUGGAUUAUGAUACAGAUGUUAUGGAGAAGUUUGUGGUUGACUUUAUGAACUCACCUGAGAGUCCAAUGAGUCAGGCAGGUAAUGAUGAUAUAGUAAUCAUUGGAGGAGGACAUGCAGCAACACUAGCUGUCCGUGCUACACAACGUGGGCUACUAAAACCAUCAGCUAUUGCUGCUGUCGCACCUACAUGGGCUGGACCUCUCCCUAUUGUGUUUGGACGUGAUUCCUCCAUGGAGACAAGGUAUGGUCUGCUAAGAGGAACACUAAGAGCACCUGGAGUUGGUUGGAUGAUGUACAACAUGCUAGUGAGCAACGAGAAAUCAAUCGAGUCUCAGUACAAAUCUCACGUUUACGCAGAUCAAAGCAACGUGACUGAGGCCAUAAUCCAAAGCAGAUACGAGUUAACAAAGCAGAAGGGAUCACGUUACGUCCCUGCAGCUUUCUUAACCGGUUUACUCGACCCGGUUUCGUCCCGGGAGGAGUUUCGACAGCUGUUUGCUGAUUUGGAAGGGAAGCUUCCUGUUAUGGUGAUGUCAACGAAAGGAGCUCCAAAGAGAUCAAAGGCUGAGAUGGAAGCACUGAGAGGAGCUAAAGGAGUUAGCAAAUUUGUGGAGGUUGAAGGUGCACUCUUGCCUCAAGAAGAGUAUCCUUCUCUUGUUGCUCAAGAGCUAUACAACUUCUUGCAAGAAACCUAUGCAUCUUCCAAGUGAGUUCACUAUGUGAGCCCAGGCCAUUUCAUAUAUAUACCUCUACUGUUUUCUACGAUGUUCUUUUUUAAUUGAAUACAACUUUUUGCAAUAAUUAGUUGAUGUGUUCAGUAUCUAACUAAUAAUCUUAUUUACAUUUUUUCAAGAUUACCAGCAACAUCUUUAAGAACA